GACGCGACUCGACGCGCCUCCCUCUCCCCGGUCGAGGCCUUGGGUGCCCGCCGACCGUGGGCUGCUUCUUCCAUCCCGGGACCCACGCCAGUCCCCUGGGCUCUGCCGGCCCCACCUUCUCUCUGUAAGAACGGGGAGUGGUCUGGACCACGUCGCUGCCCCCUCCCCCCAGGCUGGGCUGUCAUCACCGUUGGCGACCCGCCUUCGGGGCCUUUAUAGCCGGAGGCCUUAGCCCUGCAAGGUCCACCGCCACGGAGCGCAUUGAGUGUCAGGGCUUGGGGGCGGAACCCACCAGGGCAUCUACCAUUUUGCUUGUGAAAUUACCUGGGUAUGCGUAGCUCUUUGCUUGGCAAUGUGAGUGUUUAGUCUUUUAAUUCAUUGUUACACUCAGGAAUUCUUACAAAGUGUGGGGGGUAUUUUCCUAGUGUGAUGAAAUGACUUUGGAAGUUACACUUAACAGCGGAUGGAGCACAGCGGAUGGAGCUGACGUCGUGAGGUGCUACAUGCACGUUUAACGAAGCCUUUGGAUUUUCCUGUUUCCUUCUUUUGGAGCCACUAACAUGUUUUGUUUUGUUGCCUGAAGAGCCUGCAGCCUGGUGCCUGUGGGGCUGGAGGGCAGCUGGGCCCCUGUAAGGCCCGCGGUGGAGGUGGGUUAGGACGCGGCCCCAAACGGGUAUAUCCACUCUGUGCCCGGUCGUGCAGUUUUCUCUCCCAAGGACGCAAGGUGCAGAAGCCGCUGGGGAAGACAGUCCAGAGUCUGCAGGGUUGACACGGGGUGAAAACAAUUGAAAAUCUUGAGCAAAAGUGGGAUUGUUUUUGCUUUGAGGGAAGCAGCGUCGGACGCUGUGGGAAGCCUGGCACCCCAGGCCCACCUCGAGUAUGGGGGGGAGAGAGGUCUUUGUGGUCUCGUGGUAUGCUUUUCAUUAAAAUGGCAAGAUCAGUACUGUCAGAUUAGGAACGACUGUCUGCUAGUCUUUCAGAAGUUGCUGGAAGUUACGCUCUCUGUGUGUUAAACGUUAUGUCUAGACUCGCAGCUCGUUCGCUUGAUGUUCGCUCAGCUCUGCCCACGCUGGCUGUCCAUCUCCCGGAACUGCAUUUCCAGGUUACACACAAAAUGCAGCCUGAACUCCUGGUCAGUCACACGUUCCCAAAAUGGAAGGAAAGCAGCUUCUUGCAGGGAGGAGGAGGCCUUAAAGACUGGGUGUGUAGGAGCCAGGUUCCUGCUAAAAGUCAGCCAACGAAAGCCACCCCCCAUAAAUGCCUGGGAGCCGCGUCCCCGGAGGAGCAGAGGGUCCUGGAGAGGAAGCUGAAGAAGGAGAGGAAGAAAGAAGCCCGGAGGCGGCUGCAGGAAGCGGGCAUCUCCGUGGCCCAGAGCCCAGCAGCCAGGCGCUCGGGGGCCGCGCUGGCCUUGGACUACCUGUGCAGCUGGGCCCAGCAGCACGAGAACUGGAGGUUUCAGAAGACGAGGCAGACCUGGCUGCUGCUGCAUAUGUACGACCGUGACCAGGUCCCCGACAAGCACUUCUCCACCUUGCUGGCCUACCUGGAGGGGCUCAGGGGCCAGGCCCGCGAGCUGACGGUGCGGAAGGCAGAGGUGCUGAUGCGGGAGCUGGACGAAGCGGGUGCAAGCGCCGACGCCCCACUGCCGGGGAGAACCCAGCGCGUCCGGCAGGUGCUGCAGCUGCUCUCCUAGCGGGCGGCGCGGGGGUGCGGGGGUGGGGUCCCUGGCCCUCCUGGCCCCUGACCCUUGCAGGGACCACUGCUCUCUCCUGAUUCCUUGGCCAGAAAUUGUUUAUAGGGGAUGACAGUUUUAACCCCUUCACAGCAGAACGCAGUCACUCUGAAAUAAGCCGCCCUCCCAGUGGCCCUCAGGCCCCCAAGGAAGUUGCUUAUUAAGGGAAAUGCCCGUUUUUGUCCCAGGGGUGUCUUAGAGGUCACCAGAGCUGGCCCUCCCCGCCCGCUGUGGUCCAUCCGUGUGGGGGCUUGGCCCCCCCCCAUGGGUCUGGCGGCCCCUCGGUGCCGGCCGCCUGGCCACCUGCCUGCGUUCACCUAGGGGCCUGCGCUGUGGCUCAUCCAUGUCGCCUCCCUCCUCAGGCAGGCCACGGCUCCGCUGGCCACUUACAGGGAAACCUGGGUGUAUUUUCAAUAAAAACCGGCCUCUGGAG